AUGUUUAAGGCAGCAAUUCUACUUGCUCAUCAAUAUAAUAUGACAAUCGAAGGAGAAUUCAUAGGAUGGCAAGCAGAGCAAACUACUGGUGACAUAAUAGAUGCUCUGGACGUUACGUGUGAUGCAGUAUCUAUUUCAAAUGUUGUUGGUAUCGUUGGUCCAGAAUUAUCGAGAGAAGCUCAUCUAAUUGCUCCUUUUGGUAAAAAAAUUGGUAUACCUGUUAUAUCGUAUUCUGCAACUGAUCCUGAUUUAUCUGAUAAAAAUACUUAUCCUAAUUUUUAUCGUACAGUUUCUUCGGACGAUGCAGCUGCAUUGGCCCUUGUAAAACUAUUCAUUCGAUUUAAGUGGACAUCAUGUACAAUAAUUUAUCAAAAUGACGCUUUUGGACUUGGUGGAGCCACAAAAGUUAUUCGUGGUGAUUUGAAAAGCCUUUUAACUAAUGCUGCAACACGAAUUGUUGUUAUAUGGGCUGAAUCACUCUAUACAUCUAUGAUUUUGCAAGAGGGUCUUGAUUUUAAUGUAGUCGGUCCAUAUUUUACAUGGAUACUCAGCGUCACUAUUCCAUUAAAUUCUUUCAAGCAAAGGUUUCAUCAAAACUUAAUUGGAAUACUUCUGAUGGAACCAACUAUAGGAUCAGUUGUCAAUGCAUCAAUUAAUGCAACAUUAUUAAAUGCAGCAUAUAGUAUGUGGCAACAGUAUGAACCUGAAUCAUUUCCUGGAUCGAUGAAUGUAGAUUAUUAUGCAUUAUUUGCAUUUGAUGCAACAUGGACAUUAAUUCAAUCAUUACAACAAUUGUGUGCAUCAAAAAUAAAUAGUUCUUCAUGUUUAUCAUUUGUUAAUGCUGCAGACUGUUUUGGUCAUCGUUUCAUUAAUUCGAAGUUAUUGUUAGAUGCAGUUACUAGAACAGAAUUUCUUGGUAUAUCUGGUCCUAUACAGUUUAGUGUUAAUGUAACAGAUCGAAUAACUGGUUUGUAUUAUUCUGCAAAAAAUGCUCAGCCAUCUUCGAAUGGUUUGCAUUUUGUGCCUAUAUUAGAAUAUUCUCAUCCUGGUGAUUGGAGAAUAUCUACACAAGAAAAUAUUAUUAUAUGGCCUGGUAAUACAUUAACACAACCUACUGGUAGAGCAAGUCUUCAAAAUGUAAAUUUACGAAUAGGUAUUAUUGAAUCAGAUCCAUUUACAAUAGUUGAAAAGGUCACAGAUGCAUCUGGACAAAGUACCAUAGAGUAUAAUGGCUAUGUACCGGAUCUUAUUAAACGCUUGCAAAAUAAUAUGGGAUUUAUUCCAACUAUUAAAUUAGCACCAUCAAAUCAAACAUAUAAUGAAUUAAUUCUAGCAGUAAGUAAUGGUGUUUACGAUAUUGUGAUAGGUGAUGUGACUGUUACAGCUGAACGAAGAGAAUUAGUCGAUUUUUCAAGUAGUAUAUAUGAUGAUUCUUUACGUAUUCUUAUACGAAAAACAGGCAAUGUUAAUAUCGAUCUGUUCUCAUUCUUAAAACCAUUUUCACGUAAUCUCUGGUUAUUAUUGUUAGGUACUUUAAUCUAUUCUGGUAUUUUGGUCUUUAUAAUAGAGAGACAAAAUAAUGAAGCAUUACAAAAUCGAUCAAUAUUGUCUCAAAUUUCAAUGAGUUUAUGGUAUAGUUUUGGUACUGUUGUUGGAUAUGGUGUAGAUUUCAGUAGCAAUACAGCUUCUGGACGUUUAUUAACUGGUGGUUUAUAUAUCUUAAGUUUAAUAUUAGUAGCAUCAUAUACUGCAAAUUUAGCAUCUGAGCUGACAAUAACAAAAUCAAAAACUUUUAUUUCUGGAAUUGAUGAUAUUAAAAAUGGAAAAAUACCAUUUAAUCGUUUCGGUGUUGUUGUAGGUUCAUCUGAUGAAGAAUAUUAUUUGAGAGAAAUAUCUAAUAGUAUUCGAAAUUUUUAUCCAUUACAGUCUUAUGAAGAAUCAUUCGAUGAUCUACGCGCAGGUAUUAUUGACGCAUCAUUUGUGGAUAGUGGUAAUGGUGAAUAUGUCUUGAAUAAUAUAUAUUGUGAUCUAACUGCAGUCGGAGAUGGUUUUUCUAAAACUGUAUUUGCUAUUGUUACUCCUAAGGAAUGGUUAUAUGCACAAGAUUUAGAUGUGAAUAUUCUAUCACUGAAAGAAUCAGGUGAACUUGAAAAUUUAAGAGAAAAAUGGUUUGAAGUACAGAACUGUUCCAGCUCAGAUGCAACAUCAAUUGUGAUUGGAAUUGAAGCAACAAGUGGAUUAUUUUUGGUUUUUAGAGUCAUUAGUAUUUUAUCUUUAUUAUUGUUUGCAUGGUUGAAACGACAUACUAUAAAAAAUCGUUUAUUUCAAUUAAUAUACCCAAAGAAAUAUUCACCUGAAAUACAAGACUCUAUGAAAAGACGCUCAAGAAGAACUUCUGAAAAUUCACAAAAUCAUGAAACAGCUUUGCCAACAAUUUUAUAUCUUUAA